UCGUUUGCAAGCCGCCCAUAAAGAAAAUACGAAGAAGAAAAAGAUUUCCCAUGAUUCCAUAGUUUGUAGUUUACGGAGUAGCUAGCCCGCUAAUUGAGCUAACUACACAGUAGCGGUGGCACAAAGGGUGAGAUGACCUCCACGCUGGGCCAGACGGCUCCUCUGGUCUCAAACCUGGAACCAGGGAUGGGGAGGUCUGCUGCCGUGCUGGGGCUGUCUGCGGGGGUAGGGGGGGCAGAGAUGGAGCUGCAGAAGAUGCUGAUCAAUGAGAGGAUCAAGUCUGAAAACCACCGAACCAACUACCAGAAGCUGAUGGCUGAGUACACCAGCCUGCAGACAGAUUUUACGCGGAUGCAGAGCGAACUUAAACGCCUACUGAGCGAAAGACAGUCGGAGCAAGAGAAGCUGCAGCGUCUGCUGGCGGAGCUGCGAGGAGAGCUGCUGGACAAAACCCGGGAGCUGGAGGAGCUACGGCUACAGGUGAUGACACCUCAGCGGUUGGAGCUGCUCAGGGCUCAGGUGCAGCAGGAGAUGGAGGCUCCUGUGAGGGAGCGCUUCAACAAGCUGGAGGAGGAGACGGAGCGGUACCGGUCUGACUACAACAAGCUGCGCUACGAUUUCACCUUCCUCCAGUCCCAGUUUGAGCACCAGAGAGAAGAGCACGCUCGUGUGCUGGAGGAGAGGAGGAUCAUCUACGAGGCGGAGGUUGCUCGACUGGAGAGGGACAGAAAGGAACUGGUGGCUCAUUAUCAGGGCUCAGACGCUCUGAGUGACGGGAGGCGGGUGGAGGCUCUGCUGAGAGAGAAGGCCCAGCUGAACCAGAGGCUCAAAGGCCUGGAGGCAGAAGUAGCCGAGCUCCGAGCGCAGAGGGAGAACUCAGGGCAGCAGGCUGAGAGCGUCCAGCGCACCCAGACCAGACAGCUGACUGAGCUGCAGGCGGCCGUCAAAUCGCUGGAGGCGGAGCGUCUGUCGUUGCGUCAGCAGCUGGAGAGAACGGGGUCUGAGCUUCAGCAGAGCCAAGAGCAGAACAGCCAGCUCACAGGACGGCUGCUCAAAGCAGAGAGAGAUGUCAUCUCGCUGAACUCACAGAUGGAAAGCCUGAAACAUUCCCAUAAGCUGGAACUGGCGGGCAUCAAACUGGAGUGUGCUAGCUCUAAAAGAGAGCUGGAGAGGGAGAGGGACGCUGUGCAGGCCCAGAUGGACGGGCUUCAGACUGACAUUGAUGUUCUGAAGGAAGCACUGGACCGAAGCAAGGAGGUUUUGGUGGAAAAAGAGAGGGAGCUGGUGAGGAAGGUGCAGUCGGUCCGAGAGGAGGAGUUCCACAAACAAGCCACUUUAAACGAGGAAAAGUUGGAGCUGGAGAAUCGCCUCGCCAUGUUAGAGCAGCAGAGGGCGCUGCAGGACGCCUCAGAUCAAACCUUAAAGGAGGAGUGGGAGGAACGGGUCCGCAGCGCUCAGCAGGGAGAGGAGUCUGCUCGCAGAGAGCUGCAGAACCUGAGAAACAAGCUACAGCAGCAGAGUUUGAAGAUGGAGGAGCUGGAGAGACAACGAGCAGAGAUGGCCGACCUUCAGCAGCAGAACCAGGAGCUGGGGGUCCAGCUGGCGGCGCUGAGGCGUUCUGAAAGCGAGCUGAUGGACGCAAACCAGAGCCUGAGAGAAACGGUGGACAGAGCAAGGGAGGAGCUGAGGGCAGCGCGGGCACAAACCGAGAGGAGUCAGCACGAGGCGGAGAGGUGCAGCUACUCGCUCCGCCCCUUCUCGGAGGUUCUCCUUUCUCCUGGUUUUGACCAACCUGCUGUCUGUUGUUGCUUCUCCAGGAUGGUGGAGGACCAGCUGGUGGAGAAGCACAGGCUGCAGCAGCGGGAGGCGGAGCUUCAGCAGAAAUACUCUCAGGCCAAAGAGAAGCUGCAGAGAGCAGCGGCGGCUCAGAAGAAGAGGAAACAUCAGACAGAGAACCGAGAGAAGAAGCUGCAGGAUAAGAUCCAGCUGCUGGAGGCCAAAAUCGAGGAGCUGGAACUAGAAGCUGCUGCUGCUAAGAAGCGCUCGGUUUUCUCAGAGGAGCAGGCUCAGCUGAAGAGACGUCUGAAGGAGCUGCAGCGGCGACACCACGAGUUCCGCCGCCUCCUCCUGGGCGGCCAGGGGCCCCACCCCAUGACCUCCUCGCUCUCCCUACCGGUCCUCGGGUGUGAGGGCCCGCUUUCUGUCGACCUGGAGGCGGAGUUCUCUGUGCUGCGGAGGAGACUGGAGAGUCUGGAGAACGCUCAGCAGCAGCAGCUGGAGGAACUGGGCUCACUGGUGCAACAAUGAGCACGGCUCUGCUCCCAAACCUGACCUCUGACCCCGACCGUGUCACCUUCGUUCCAAAGCUCCUCAGGAAUAAAUCUUUUAUUGUUUACAUUUAUCUCCCUCCUCAACGGGCCUGGAAAGCCUUUAGAGCCGAUAAACACGAUACCCUGAAAAAAAGAACCUAUCUGAUCGAUUUUAUGUUUAAAUUAAAGAAGAUUUUUAUCUCUCUGGGUUUUAGAACAGAAACAAACAUUGUUAGGGAAACAAAAUACAGAUUUUCUUCAAUUUUAUGCAAAAUGGAACAGAAAAAAACAAACCUUUUCAUUGCAUAAUGACUAGAAAUCAGCAUUAAUGUUUUGAGAUCAUUUGAAGCCAUUCUGGGUGUGAAGCUGAGGUUGAUGUUGACAUCAAGGCACUAUGAACAGAAACUUGCACAUAAAAAUGUACAAACUUAUUUUUUUUAACUUGAAUAAUAACUCAGCUGUCGAUUUCCUUUGCUCCGUUUGAGAAGCUGAUGUGAAUUUUUUGCUUGUUUAUUAAAAGUUUUCCAGGUUUAAAGGUG